AUGUCAAUUGCUGUUCAGAUGAUUCAUAUCCACUAUCGCGGCAAGUUCCUCUCGUUACUAGACUCGGACGACUCCACACCAUUGUCCACCGUUAAAGUCUGUCGCCAAACGCCUCAAAUACAACUAGUAAGGCACCAAAACAGUCAUGUCAUGAACGACGAGCACAACUCGGACAACCAGUCAAGCCUGUACACAGCAUCGUUCAAAAAGCUGAGUACGGAAGUCACCCUCUCCAUUUGUGGUCAUGGUGCCCUGCUUCGACGACCCGAUAUCUUCUCGCGUACUUACAACUUUGAGAGCAUUUCUUUGCGUGGUACGAUCCUUCGGUGGGAAGCUGAAGGGGCUUUGACGGGUGAUUUUAAGCUGAUCAAUACGCGCGACAAUCAUGUUCUUUGUCGAUUUCACAACAAGGUAUUCUCGGUUGUGGAGUGGGCUGGCUGUAUUGGUUAUGGUGCAGAGUCUGAAUUUGGCGCGUAUGGUGCUGAUGGGCAGCCCUUGAAGGCGGAGACGUUGUAA